AUGGCUGUGCCACUGCGCAGUGGACCUGAAGAGUCUCUAACGGCCUUUUCAACUGAAGAGGAUUCAACGAAGUGCGCAGCUGGCAGUAUGUUCACAAAUAUCGUAGAUGGGCCGGACAUGCCUGCUAAAGCUUAAAGGACGAAUAACGCCAGCCGGCGCAUCUGACAUGCCCUCGGAAGCACAAACACUGCUGUGUGGAGCGGGUUUUCUGCCACUGGUUAUAGCAGUGGAUAACGAUGAGUACUCUCGCUGCUUUUGGGGUGGUUGUCUGAUCAGGUACGUGCUUAUUUCAUGCAUAAGGUAUGUAAUUAGGUACUAGGUCUCUUAGCAACCGAUGGGCUUCUUAUUCAUAUGAUGACUAAGAGUGAGUUUUGGCCAUUUUAGCCGCAAUUAUUCGGUCGUUUAUUAGUGAUACGCUUGCAGUAGGAAUACAGUGCGGCUAGGGCAAACCGUUGGAUGUGCAGUCGUUCCGAAGACCGCGGGUACAAGAGUUCUUAACUUUGACACGGUGUGGUCUGAGUGUCAACGUAAUUGACCGAACGCUGCAGUUCCGUACGGCGGCCAUAACUUGUGGUGCGCCUGCUAGGGCAUUCUUUAACUAGAUUAGGAAUGUUUACGCAUGUUUUGGUUGUUAAAGUUUCUGUGUAAGGAGCGAAUACCUAGACAGCGUAGUGCAUGACAGUGUGUUUGAAAAUGUUUGGGCGGAGCAGUAUUUCUUGUUCACCGCCGACGACUGCCCCCGCAUUGGCAUUUCGCCUCUGUCAGCAUGUAACGCAUGGAUGAUCAGUUGAACUCGUCUUGACCCACUUAAUUUAACUAACCUAGGUGAAAUCAGGAGACUUCUGAUCUUGUGACUUCCAAGCCCAAGUGAGAAUCCCUUUAGGUUGUCAACUACAGCAGCAUGCGCAGUUAAUGGAAAGUUAAAAUAUCUGAAUGCCUAUCUGCCGCAAAAAUUUCCACAGCAAACCGGGUCUCUUACUGAUAUAGACGCAUGGAGGGGAACAAAACCGUAUCAGUUCCUGCUUUACACAGGUGUUGGGGUCCUGCGAAGCAUUCUUCCUCGUAAAUUUUCAGAAUAUUUUUUUAUUAUUUGCAGGAACACGUUGCCUGGGUCGCCCAUUUUUCUGCUAACAGUAGGUUCCCUAUUGCAGAUACCUGCUGCACAUAUUUUUUGAGAACUCUUCUUUCUUAUAUGGCCAGAGCCUCGGGGGUAUAGAUGGCCUUGUAAAUGCCGUCAGCGAAGAUACUUAUCGCCAACAAGUGGCAUGUUUAUUCCAGUUUAUUUUAGUUUAUUUGGUGAGGACAAUAGGCAAGGACUUUAAAAACCCCAUUACUUGCACACCAGCUCAUUAGAUACAAUUGUAAACGAACAAUGAAAAUAUUCGCUAUAACAACAGUGUCGAAUUCGUCUGAGUAGCAUUGUUUCGAAGAAAAUAGAUUCCGGGUGGUCGCGGGGUAUUUAGCUCAGACUCAGACAGUCGAAGGAAAACAGGGGACAUCAGUAAUCAUGCAACCGUUUCUUGAAGUGUUGCAGGGACGUCUCCUCCAAGGCUAAUUGAGGGAGAUCGUUCCAUUUCUCCAUUACCCUCUGCGUGAAAAAUUUAGAACGAAGAUCCAGCCUGGACAAUUUUAUCCGUAGCGUCAUGGAGUUACCAUGAAGACUGGGCGAAAGGUGCCACUUUAACACGUCCUCAAAGCUAAGUCCAUGCUCAAGGCCAUGUAUUAUCUUGUAAACCGGCAUAAGAUCACCUCUUUGCUGCCUGUAACACAGACGGAAUAAAUUAAGGUAAUUCAGCCUUUCUAUAUAGGAUUGGAUUUUAAACCGUUCGUCCAGCUCAGAAGAUCUCCCCGGAUCCCGAUGGCGCUCAAUUUGUAAAGAAGGCGUUGGUGCGGGACAGUGGCGAAUGCUUUUCGGAAAUCGAUGUAAACGACAUCGACCUCAAAACCCUCUUCUAGAGCCCUGGUCCAGACCUCCAGAAAAGCUAG